AUGUCCUGUGAGAAUGAGGCCGUGGCAGGCGGUAUGGAGAAUGAGGAGACGAACAUAAGCCAGAAGAUCUUCCGAGCCAUUGCGGAAGUGUUCCAGGCAGCGCAAAGCACGUAUGCGGGGCACAGACGCCAUACGGCGGUUCUGAACAAGAUAUACGCCAAGUGCAUUGACCAAGGGCUGCACGAAUCGUUCAAUCUCUACUUUAACAAGAUGGUGGCCAAGGUGCUGCCGCUGAAGAAGCAGGAAACGCACGGGGAUCGCGUGAUAAGGCUGGUUGCGUCCUUUAUUUCGAGCAACGAAGCUGCGCUGCGGAAACAGCGCGAGGCAGGGGGCGUCGACGAGCGCCUAGAGCAGAUAUUCGGGUCGUUUGUAGACCAGCUUAUCCGCUUCAUACUGCGCGGCGCCGAGUCCCGGGACAAGAACGUGCGCUACAGGGUGACGCAGCUGCUGGCGGUCGUGAUGGACAGCAUGGGCGAGAUCGAUGAGGAGCUCUACGAGCUGAUUAUAUGGUCAAUGCAGAAACGGGUGUAUGAUAAGGAGCCGAACGUGCGCGUGCAGGCGAUCUUCUGUCUGACGAAGUUGCAGGACGAUGAUGUGGGCGUGGCAGAUGGUGCAGUAGACGUUGCGACGCAGAAAAUGAUGAGCAUUAUACAGAACGACCCGAGCGCUGAGGUCCGCAGAGCAGCCAUGCUGAAUCUUGUGGAUACAGGCACGACGAGAAACCUCAUUCUUGAAAGGGCGCGCGACGUGUCCGGGGUUACGAGAAGGCUUGUUUACACUCGGAUACUGAAACCUAUGGGGAUAGAUAUAUUCAGGAAGCUUGAUAGUGGUGUGCUUGAGCGGCUUCUUCAAUGGGGGUUAGAAGACAGAGACCAAACUGUUCGGCAGGCAUGCGGAAAGCUCAUAGCUUUCGACUGGUUGAAUGCGAUAGAUGGGGAUAUAAUAUCUCUGCUGGACAAACUCGAUGUGACGCAGUCUAAUCUGGCUGAAAAAGUGCUGGAAGCCAUAUUCGAAUUCCGUCGCGAUGUUAUCACAACGCUGAAAUUCCCCACUGAGGUUUGGGAUAAUUUUACGAUUACCACCGCGUUUCUGAUGCGAUGCUACUACAGCUAUGCAGUAAAAAACCAGAUGAAUGAUAUCAUUGAAGAGAACUUUCCAGAUGCAGCUGUACUUUCGAAAUACCUCAAGAAGUACGUGGAAAUGAGAUACACUGAUUCGUCUCUAUCAGAUACAGACAGAAGAUAUCUUGAUUUCAUUAUUGAGCAAUUGCUACGGAUAUCAUGUGAAUACGAUUUUAGCGACGAGGUUGGAAGACGAGAUAUGUUAAAUCUGGUCAGAAAUCUAUUGUUUACCAAUCGGCCAACAGAGGCCCUAAUAAACAUCGGAUUGAUGGUCUUAAAGGUGCUCUCUAUAAAUGAAAAGGAUUUCAUCACGAUGUCGGUAGAAAUCAUAACUGAUAUUCGGGAUGAGGACAUUGAAAGACAGGAGCAUGCUGACACAAAUAGAUCCGCCCAAAAUGGCCCCGAUCAGGACGACGAUGCCGAAGAUGAGCGUGCCCUAGAAUCCUUCCAUGAAGCAGUCGAUAAUUUGGUCCAUGGCAAUGACACAGGAAGCGGCGUACACAGAGCUGAAAUGGAGGAAAGGCAGCCAGUUCCAGAGACAUUAACUCUAUGCUUAACUUUAGCACGCUACAUGUUGGAGCUAGUUGAAAAUCCUUUGAGCCACAACAUAAUGAUAUCAUCCCUGAUUGAUACACUCAUAACCCCCGCCGUUCGUAACACACAGGGAGAUAUCCGGGAACUGGGCGUGCGAUGCCUUGGUCUUUGCUGUUUGUUAGACGUUGAUUUAGCUGCGGAAAGCAUGUAUAUCUUGGGUAUGUGCGUUUCGAAGGGUAAUGCCUCGUUGAAAUAUAUGGCUUUACAAACUAUAGUGGACAUUUUCCUAGUGCAUGGUUGCAAAGUUGUGGAUGGUGAAGGGAAGGUUGACUCUAUAUCCUUGCACAAAAUAUUUUACAAGAUAUUAAAGAAUACUGAUCUUCCCGAGUGUCAAGCGUUGGCGGCAGAGGGCCUCUGCAAGCUUUUCCUCAGCGAUGUAUUUACAGAUGAUGACCUGUUCGAGACACUUGUUCUCUCAUACUUCUCUCCUGCAAACAGCAAUAACGAAGCAUUAAUCCAAUCGUUUGCCUUCUGUCUACCGGUAUAUUCCUACUCUCACUCUACUCAUCAACAUAGAAUGGCCCGUGUAGCAAGUGACGUCUUUUUGCGGUUAUCACUAUUAUGGGAUGAACUACAGAAUUCAUCAACUAAAAAUAACACUUCGAAGGAACGUAUGCUGAAGCCCAAUGCAAUUCUUCAGCAGUUGAUAGAUUGGACAGACCCAAAUAAACUUGUCAGAGAGGACGAAGAAACAAUAGCAAAGGCAGAGUAUCAAUUGGAUUUUUUUUUGGAUCUCUUGAAGUCAUAUUACAGGUUUGAAAGAAGAGACGUAAAGAAAAUGCUUGUGACUAACUUGUCUAGAUUCAAAAUUACAAAAAAUCACACUAGUUUAAAGAUAAAGGAAGUGGUAGAGAAUCUGCAGGAUAUCUUAGAUAACGAUACCGUUGAUAAGACUUGCCGAACUUGUCUACUGGGGCUAAUAGAGGAUUAUAAAUCGCUUGUUGAAGAAAUUGAUGAGAAUAUGACAGACAGGUCACAACAUCAGGAUAACGAUACCUCAGUUGAAUCACAUCUGGAUUCGGAGUCGGACGAUGAAGAUAUGGAAGUAGCGACUCCUUCUGAAGAUGAGAAUAUAGAUAUCGAUUCGUCCUGCGUAUCUCAUCAUACACUGCAAAAAGACGUUCUAAAUAACGGAAAUGAUACAAGCGGUGAAACUGUAACAGGUCAUGGAAGUUCCUCAGCGACCGUGGAUGGUUCUGAGACACAUGAAUCCAUUCCGCGUAAAAGAAAUAGACUUGAAGAGGAGGAAAACUGA